UGUUGCUUUCAUCCACUGCCUUUGCAAACAGUCCUCGGAUACGCCAAAUGCAAGCACAAGUAGACCGCUUUCGGCUUCAAAUAUAUUGCAAACCCAGCUUCAAACACCUUCUGGUUCAUCGUCAUCGUCGACAACAUCUUUACAGGCACAAUCUGUCGUACAAAAUUUAAGAAGUAUAUUCUCACCUUAUGCACGAUCCACUGUUUCGCCCGCAUUCGCAUAUCAACGUACACAAUGUCCCAAAAGUACGUACAAGCCGUAUUACACUGUUAAAGAGACGUGGACGCAUGAAUUUUUUUGUCUGAGUCAACGUAAGCAAAACCGCGUUCCUUCCAGCGCACAUAAAAUGGUUUUACAAGAAUGCGGUCUUGGCAGAAGGAAGAUAUGUUUUAAUUCCAAAGGAAACUAUUCGAAUUUAGAAGAAAAAUUAUUUAAAGAGUUUCCAAAGUUGGCCGAUGGAGGGGGAUUUCAAAUCAUGCGGACAGGCUUAGGUGGUAACAGCAGCAGUCUUGCUGUAACACCACCACCUCCAAGCGGAUAUUCAGUGUCCUUCCUGAGAGAUGCAUCUGGUCUGGGCCAGGCUCUGGCAUAUGUCCGGCCACUUCAACAAGAUCUUGAUACAAAAGUAAAUCCUGUGAGUGAUGCUGAUCUAAACACAACCAAUGUUCAAAAGGUGGAAUGUAUAAAUUGUGGUGAGAAAGUAGUAAUGUUGAUGUGGGAACAACACACAACUAGCUGCCAAGGUGGACCAUCAUCAAGAAUGAACGAAUCUGUACAGGUAACAACAAAUGCUAGUUGCACAGAAAAAUGUGAUUUACCCAAAGACAUCAUAGUGGUGAAAUGUGAUGACGUGCAAGAUGAAGACAAUAUUAAGGUUUUAAUUUAUAGAGUACAAACAUUGACUUUAUGUACAGCUGUAUUUUCCCUUUGAAAUUGUUCUUUCAUAAGUACAAGCUCUCUCU